AUGGUAUACGGAUUAAUAAUUCAUUCUUCUGAAUCGGAGCAGCUUUAUUUUAGUACCUAUUACAACUUAGUCAAUAAUGAUAUAAAUCAAACUUCUAGACAGCAAAUAAUUAUUAAAAAGGUUAUUGAAGAAAUAAGCUAUUAUAAAGAAGAUAAAGAAAAUCAUGAAAAUACUAAUAAAAACAAUAAAGAUAAAUAUUUAGAUAUAUUUGGUGCUUUUAUCCCAAGGGCACCCAAUAAUGAAUUUAAAAUAGACAAUGAAGGGUUUUUUAAAAUCGAAAAUAUUUCCCUUUUUAAAAACAAAAUAAAUAUAAUGUGGAAAGUUUUAAAUAAGGUUUGCUAUACCCUGAUGUUUUUCCCACAUGAAAACAUUCACAUGGCUGACAAUUUCUUGAAUACAUUAAUAUAUGUUUUAAUGGAGAAUUACGAAAAAUUGGGAAAAUCUAACAAAAAUAAUAUGAACAGGUUUAACCCUGAUACAGUACUAGCUAUACUCUACUUUUUUCUUCCAAAAGGACAAUUUAUGAUUUUAACUCCGGACUAUAUUCAAAUUUUAAGUAAUAAAGUUAAAGAAUUUCUAGGUGAAAAAACAAGCCCAAAGAAAGAAUGA